AAAGAAACUACCGAUCCCUAAAACCCCAAUUUUACAAUUUCACGUUCUGUUCUUCUUUGUUCCCUUGCUUCAGCGUCUGCAGCGUUGAUGUUCAUCUCCUCUCUCACUACUGGAAUUGGAACGUCUUUCUUGUGUUCGUAUUUUAUUAUCCCUAGAACCAACCGCCCCAGUUGCACAUGCAUCCUUUAUAGGCAAUGCUUUUGUCUCCAAAGGUUGUUUUGCUGUAGCAGCAAUUAGCAAUAGUAACAAAACCAUGUCAGAUGCUAAGAAAAAGAAGAACUAGAAGACAUCAUUAGAGCAACAAGGAGAUCUGAUAGCAUGUGUGGACCUUAUUGAUGAUGAGGGGGCUAUUACGGUUCAUAGUUUACUAUGCGAUGAUUUGAAGUUUGAUCUUCCAGGAGGUAGGAAAAUUGUUGUACAAUGGGAUGAGCUUGGUCGACCUGUUGGAAAUGGUGCUGGAGUUUUGGGAGUAUUUUUAGGGGUACUUGCAUCUUGUGCUUCUAAAUUGCCAAUCACCUAUGAGAGAUGGCCAAAAGUUGCUGCAAUACACAAGAAUCAGGAAAAAUUUCAAGUCAAUGAGGAUGGACAUAAAAAAGUCAUAAUGGAAAGUCUUGGGAAGAAAUGGAGGGAUAAUCGUAGUAGAAUGUUUGUUGAAUGUUAUGAUGACAAACAAACUUGGGAAACAAAUCUUCAGGAACGCCCAGAAGGUGUUCCGUUGGAUCAAUGGGUCUCUUACCUACACUAUAAAUUGUCUGAUAAAGGGAAGUCUUAUUCUGAGAAGAACACUGCUAACCGACGCAAGCAGAAGAUCCCUCAUACACUCGGGUCUAAAUCUAUUGCAAGGAAACAAUAUGAGUUGGAAUCUCAAACUGAUAGACCAUAUAGUAGGUUAGAAAUGUACACUAUUGCCCACAAGAAGAAAGAUGGAUCAUUUGUGAACGAAGAGGCUAGACAACAGAUUGAACAACUUGAAAUGGAAGUUGAUAACAAUGCUUCUGAAGAAGAUGCAUUCAUAACUGUAAUUGGGAAAGAGCAUCAUGGAUAUGUACGAGGCAUGGGUUUCGGUGUUUGCCCCUCUAAAGUCUUCAAAGGUUAUGGGAGCACAUCAACCAAUGGUUCUUCUGCACAAGUUAACAAGCUUCAAUUAGAAUUGGAAACAGAGCGUGCCAGAGUUGAUACUUUGGUACAAGAAGUUGAAAGAUUUAAAGGCUUAGAAGAAAAGCUUGCAUUUGUUAUGCAACAAUUGGCUGGCCAAGGAUUUAAUAGGGUUACUGAUUCAGGCUCUCCAAACGAACCAAGGCCAUCUUCGUCCGCUAGUCAUAAUCCCGGAAACAAUGGACCGUCUUCUUAGCUUCAUGUAGGAUUGGGGGAAUGAUUUAAGACUGAGCUUUUUUUGAAUUAUUCUACUGAACUUGUCACUUUAGUAGUUGGAUCUAGUGUUUCUUAUGCUGAUGUUAAUGUUGGACCAUUUACAUGUUUGUACUGAAUUUAACAUUUUAGUAGUUGGAUUUAUGUUGAAUGCAAAUGAAUGAACUUAUUUUUACC